AUGCGUUGCGUGCUCGCGCUCCUGGCGCUUGCGUUUCGUUUCACCGACGCCUGUACUGCGUACGCUGUCGGAAAGGGCGCAUCGGUCGACGGGAGUGUAAUGCUCUCCCAUUCAGAAGAUUCGUCCAACACACACGAUCCAAGGAUAGCAUUCGUGCCAGCGGCAGAUCACGAGGAGGGAUCAAAGAUGCCGGUGUACCCAGACGGCGAAAACUACCCGCGCUUUGUUGGCGUUGAUCGUGGCUCGACGUAUGAGCCUGUGGGGGCGCAAAAGGCGACGAAGCCGCUCGGGUAUAUUGAUCAGGUGUCGCACACCAUGGCAUACAUUGACAGCACGUAUGCGAUGCAAAACGAGUGCCACCUCAUGUUCGGCGAGUCGACCGCUUCGUCUGCGUUUCGCGCUCUUGAUAAGGCCGCGGAUGGUGGCACGGCCCUCUUUUGCGUGAACGAGCUGACCCGAGUCGCAGCCCAGCGCGUGUGCAGCGCGCGUGAGGCAAUCAAGCUGAUGGGGAGCCUCGCAGAGGAGCACGGCUUCUACGGAGCCGAUGGAGGCGCGGGUGAGGUCCUGAUGGUGGGAGAUACGGAGGAGGUCUUCAUAUUCCACAUCCUAUCCGACCCCACAAAGAAGAGCGCAAUCUGGGUCGCGCAGCGCGUCCCCGACGACCACGCUGCCGUGAUCGCGAACUGCUUUUCCAUCCGCGAAGUGGACCUCGACGACUCGCACACCUUCCUUGGGUCGUCCAACAUGAAGUCGAUCGCGCUCGAGUACGGCCUGUGGGACGGCAAGGGCCUGCUCGACUUUAGCGGCGCCUUCAGUGGGGGUGAAUACGCCUCCAAAUAUUAUACCGGUCGUCGCGUUUGGGACGGGUAUCGCCGUUUCGCACCGUCGCUCAAGCUUAACCCCGAGUAUGGCUCCUUCAAGCUCGACCGCCCCUACCCAGUGUCAGUCAAGGUGGACAAGAAGCUGAGCGUGCACGACCUCAUGGCUGCGAGCCGGUCGCACUACGAAGGCACUGAGUUUGACAUGACAAAGGGCCUCGCCGCCGGCCCCUUUGGCUCGCCGGAUCGCUAUGGGGAGGGCAAGGGUCAACCUGGCUAUUCGAAGCCACCCCAGGGGGCGUGGGAACGGACGGUGGGUCUCUUUCGCACGACCGGCACCAAGAUCAUCACGGCCAACAGCAAUCUGCCCGACGCGGCGGCGGGGACGGUCUGGUGGGCGGCAGGCGACUCCUCCAAGUCGGUGUAUGUGCCGAGCAUGGUGUCUGCCGGCAGUGUGCCAAUGUCGCUCUCGCUUGGAAACGAGGCGGAACUGGACCGCGGCUCCGCCUUUUGGGCGCACCGCUACAUUGCCAACCUCGUCCAGCUGCGCUACAACUUGAUGAUCCGCGACGUCAACGCAAACGCCAAGCACUGGGAGGACCGCGCCACCGACGUUGUCCAAACCGAGAUUUACCAGGCGUGCCGCAAGAAGUGCAGCCCGGAGCAAAUUCGGGCCAAAUUGGACGCCCAUGCUGCCGGCGUGCUCAACGCAACGUGGUCGUUGGCAGACCAGCUGAUGGUCAAGUUCGCCAACGGCGGGCUGACAACUGGCUUAAGGCCGGACGGGUCGGUCGAAAGCGUGAACCUCGGCUACCCAUGGUGGUGGUACGCGCUGGUGGGGACGUACGUUAUGCACGGCAACGAGCACCCAAAGCGCGUGGGGAACUUGCCUGGCGGCGAGACCUGGGGAACGGGCGCCGCGGAGAAGCCGGGCCCGCCUUCGUCCUUCCUAGUAGCGCGCCUCGGCUCGCUUCGCACCGCGCUCGCCGCGCACUCGCCGGCAGGCUGGCUAGCGCUUGGCUGCGCAACCGCGCUGGUGUCGGCCGGGUUCUUGACGCGGCGAGGCCGCGACGUCUUCAUCCGCGGCGGGUCCGAGAAGGCACCCCGCGUCGCAACGGCAGUACCCGAAGACGGGUACACUGCGUUCGCCGCGUGA